AUGGCACUACAACUGUUUCGGCGUUGUGACGCUAUAUGUGGUAGUAGUAAUAGGUGUGCUGUGAAACUUUAUCCCGUAUGUCCCAAAUGUUUGAAUCGUCAAGAAGUACCAAGAUAUAAAAAUCCAUCGUCCUCCCGCUUUUGUCACUUAAAAUUCUGUCUCACAAGAUUAGCACCAGUAGUCUAUGCGAUUAAUACCAGUAUCGUACAAACAAUUGACAAAUCGCCCUAUGAAGUUGUUUUCGGUCAAAAACCAAGAUCUGAUUUCGAAAUAUGGAGUGUAUUGAGUAAAGAUGGAAUUGAAGAUGAAGAACAAUUACCAAAUAAUUUUAUCGAUACCUUGAAUGGAUGUCGAACUAUUGACGACACAUCAAACACCCCAUCCCAUAAUGAUCCUGAAAUCAAUGCUGCUAUCGAUACAAUAGAUGAGGCUAUUACUACCACAUCGACAAUAUUCAAUCUAAUAAAAGAUUUGCCUGCUCGAUCACCGCAACUUACC